AUGAAGAUUGCUACCUUCUUGUUCGUUGCAGUGACAUCCGUCAAUGGUUUCAUGGUUAAGGAUCACGGAGCUGCGAAAUCCAUGGCACUCCAAGUAACCAAAGCUGCAACGGACAUUGACGAGGUUACAGCAACGACUACUACCGUAGCUGGAUCGCAAAAGGAAAAGAUCUUGAAGGAACCAAACUUGUGGGAAUACAACUUUGGACUACAAGAUCCCAAAAUCAAGCUGCCGCAUGGAAUCAUCAAGGAUGUCUCUUUGCCAGAGAAGUUUGAAAUCUCUGAGGAACAAAUCCGAACUUUGGAAGAGGACGGUGUUGUUCACAUUAAGGGUGUCUUCGACGAAGAGUGGGUAGAUUACCUUAAACAAGCAACGAAGCACCAAGUCGAAGAGCCCCACUUCUGGGCAUUUGCUGGAACAGCCUCCAGACUCUAUGAUUACAUCCAAAGAAACGUCUGGCAAACAAACUCGGCAUUUGCACGAUUCUACUACCACUCUGCCAUGGGCCAUGUAUUGGCCCAGUGUGGAAGAACAGAUGAAAUCCGCGUCUCCACUGAUUUGUUGAUGGUCAACCCCAACAAGGGAUUCAAGUGGCAUCAGGACAACCAAAAUGGUCCCAUCACUUGGGAAGAGGGACUUCGAUUCUGGAUCACCAUGGACGAGACUCCAAAGGACUAUGGUGCCCCAGUCUACCUAAAGGGUUCCCACACAAACAAAGUUGUCGAUGAGCAAGCUGUCUUUGUCGAUAUCGAGGCAGAGGGUUUGGAGGAAUACAAGAAUGAGAAGCUUGAAUUCCGUACCAUGCCUGGUGACAUGUUGAUCUGGCACCCCAGAACGGUCCACAAGGUUGAUGGACCCUCUGAUGGAAUCUGGACUAGUUACCGACGAGUAUUGGGAGGAACAGUCGCAAAGGGGGGCGCCAAGUACCACGACAAGAGAGGUAGUGGAGGUGUGCUUUCGGACCUUGGUAGACAUGGAUUGGAAGACAUGCAACCCUUGAAAUCUUCUUUCUUCCCCAUCGUCUACCCUCGGUGUGAACGAGGGGAGGUUGCAGAAAGAGAUUCUGGUAAGGUUGGCCGCAACCCUGUCGAUAUUAUCUCAAAAAUUGGGGGAUUGGCUACCAAGGCUUCCGGCGAGCGAUUCAGCUCAUUCUUCCAAGUGCUUGGGAGUCAAAGCAAGUCAUCGUGA